AUUUCGCACAAUUAUUACAAAUUACAAUGUUUGCAGUUCGCGGUAUUUUGGAAUAAUAACAAAUUCAAUCAAAUUAAUGACAACAUUCUGAUCCAUAACACGAAUGCUAAAAAAUGGGUUGGCACAAAAUUCCAUACAAAGCUCAUGAACUCCAACUACUUGGUACAUUGAACGGUGGUCAAAGCUUCAGGUGGACUUAUAAUAGUAAUCUGAAUGAGUGGACUGGUAUUUUUGCUAAAACUUUAUGGAAGUUACAGCAAAUAGAUAAUGGUUUGCAAUAUCAAGUGAUUGGUUCUUUAUUAACCAAAAAAGAGAUAAAAGAAGAAAUGGAUGAUACAUUUAAAAAUUUGUUAAGAAAUUAUUUCCGCCUUGAUGUUGAAUUGAGCAAACAUUAUAAAAUAUGGUCUGAAAAAGAUGAACUAUUUAAAACAGCCUGUGUUCAAUUUUAUGGCAUAAGAAUGCUAAAUCAAGAACCAGUCGAAAAUCUAUUCUCUUUUAUAUGUAGUCAAAAUAAUCAUAUAUCCAGGAUAUCAGCUAUGGUUGAAAAGCUCUGUACACAAUAUGGAGAUAAAAUAUGUGAAGUGGAUGGUACAUCAUAUUAUGCAUUUCCAGAAGUUAAAAACCUUGCACAACCCAAGGUGGAGUCUAAAUUACGUGAAUUAGGCUUUGGAUACAGAGCUAAGUUCAUACAGAAAUCAGCAGAACAAAUUGUGGAUUUGGGAGGUGACAAUUGGUUUAGUGAUCUACAAGAAAUGAAGUACAAAGAUGCUAGAGCUGAACUGAUGAAAUUGUGUGGUAUUGGACCUAAGGUUGCAGACUGCAUUUGUUUGAUGUCAUUAAAUCAUUUAGAAGCAUUGCCAGUGGACACUCAUGUGUAUCAAAUAGCUGCUCAUAACUAUUUACCUCAUUUAAAAGGAAAGAAGACUGUCACUGAAAAAAUGUAUGCUGAGAUUGGUGACCAUUUUAGAAAUCUCUAUGGAGAUAUGGCAGGAUGGGCACACACAGUAUUAUUCUGUGCAGAUUUAAAGAAAUUUCAAAUAAAAGGUAGUAGUGAAAGUGAAAACGAAGUACCUAAAAAAAGAAAAAAAAGGUGACAAAUAAAAAAAGUAAAGGAUAUGAUUUAAACAUGUUUUUGUUUA